CGAAGUGUCGUUAACAGCAUGCAAAUGGGGGAAAUUGAAAACUUAAACAUAUUUAGCUCAUGAAAACAGCAGAGAUGACCUGAGAAAGUACAAAAUUUAAUUAAAUACAGCAAAUUAGAAGCAUUAUUAUAUAAAGUGCGCUCUUAGAGAAUGGCUCUUAUUUAUGCUCUAGUUUUAGUGAAGUGUACAGUUCAAGAUGAAACGAUUUCUUAUACUAUUUUUGGUGGUGACUCACAACUGCAGUGGAAAUUUAAUAAUUGAAGAAGUGACCGGCUCUCGUGAUAAUUCCAUGCAAGUUAACGUUAGCGCCGGCUAUGGGGUUCGUUCCGAAAACACCACCAUUGUUACCCCAUCUCCGCAGUACCAAUUUUCCGAUAGAAAAGAAAACGAGACAGUUAUACAAAUCAGUCAAGACCAAAUUUCCCAACCUAGUCAAAACAUUCCCGAGAUUUUGCCCACCCCCUCUUAUCAAGUCCAUGAGAAAACACAAGAAGUACAAGAGAAGAAUUUCCAAAUCGCCAAAAGCCACCGCUUCCAGAAACGCUACCGCCAGAAAAAACACGAAGAGCCCAAAAACACUGAAAUGGAACAGCACAAAGAGGCCCCAAAACCGAACAUUGCCGCGGCUGGGACGAAAAUUGUGGAGGUUUUGAGGGUUCCCGCAAUGUAUGAGUUACACCUGCAGUCUGACCCUCAAAGACUAGCCUCACUGAACACAGCCUUCCUCACGAAAUUAAUGAACCAGAAUUACCAAUACAAGCGACCAGUUGUGCCUCAGUUCUACCAAAGUAGCAAAAACUACAUCCCGCAACAAAGCAUGAACUACAUACAGACGUACGGUGGCAGCCCUAUCCCUCCUCAAAGACUCCAAAAUUUGAAAAAUAAGUACGUCAGUCAGAAAUUAAACGUGGCACCACCUCCUCAAAAUUUCGUCAGCUUUGCGCAAACUAAAACACCACUUCAGACCGCUCAAACUCAAAAUUUAGCCGGUUUUAAGCACAAUUUACGGCCUCAAAGCUACCCAACUAGUUACCAAAACGUGCAAACGAACCUAUCACCGACUGAAAGUGCCCAAAAAUACCCCAGUCUAACAACCCAAACCCCCACACUUUUGAGCAACGAGAUCCCGGCCGAUUUCUACCAAAAACCACAAGCUCUGCAUGAAGUACCGGCCCCAAUUUUAAACAAACAACCCUUGAAGCCCAUUAAAGGGACCCCAGUCCCCAGCUUGGUGUACGGCAAGCCUGUGGAGCCCCCAUACCAACCCUCCACCCAAACCUCCGCGUUGUGGGGUAGUAACGUGCCGUCAUACCAACCCUCGACUCAAACCCCCACUUUGUGGGGUAAUAACAACGUGCAAGAUUUGACUGGAGAUUUAAGCUCGUAUCGGGGACAAGUCGAUUCCGUCCCUAACUACUACCAAGAGCCCCAAAAAAAUUACUACAACCCCCAUAAUCAAGACUAUUACAACCACCCCCACUACCAAGGGCCCCAAAACGUGCAACAUUACUACAAUGCGGCUUUUGCCGACCAUUUGGACCAAAAUCUGGCCAAUGUGAAUGGCGGAGUUGCCACGUAUUUGAACCCUGAUGGGACCAUGACGGUUUCAAACUUCCACCAUAACCCAAAAUUGUACCGUCCUUCACCUGGGUAUGAAAUUCCAGUGAGUGAGAACCAACCCCAGGAGCAGGUCCCGGAUUAUGGUCUUACACCGUACCAGAACCAGAAUUUGGCGAAUUUCAACAAUGAGAUGUAUUCCGGUUACAGUCCGGAAAUUCCGGUCAAUGAAAACCAAAUCGAGACCUCCGAAAAUCAAGAGCAAAACACCGAUUUGAAUAAUUUGCUCGUUGGUGCAGCUACAGCGAGUCUCGACGAAGCGCAAAGUCCGAAAUUUGGGCGAGGAUUUAUGUCGAAGAGGAUAAUGUACGGCAAGCCGGUGGGGAAGAACAGGCGAAUGGCCCAGCCCAUGGACUACAUUCUCUACAUCAAGGAGAGAAUAUUUGACUAG